AGGCCGAGAUGUCGAACGCGUUCGCGGGGUUUCGGGCACCUGUCAAAUUGUCAUUCACCUGCUGUUACGUUUUGUAAUUAAAAUUGUUAAUUGAGGCUAUUUUGUAUUCAUUACCGUUUACCAAAUAGCAGUGGCUCAAUCUGUCAAACUAAUCUUCAUUAAGGCAGGAGAGGGAAUUCAGGCGAAGGUUCGGAGUUUUUUUAGAUUUAAAAUAUAGCUUCACAGCAUCCACCAACGACUGCGAAAUAGAAACUUACCGGGUGGUGGUCAGCAUAAAACAACCAAACAAACAAAAAAAAGACUAAGUGGUUCUAUACUUUUAAAGGAAAGAUGUUUAGGCUAAGCUUUUGUCUCUUCAUCCUGGUUUUUUUCGUGGACUGCGUAUCUACAAAGGAAGAGUGCAGGAAGGAGAUCAACCUUCAAGGUGAAGAAUGCCGAUCCAUUAUUUUCAAAGAACCCAUACAGGAAAGAGUCUUGAAGGGCCAUUUAAUCAGGCUUUUAGAGGUGCCCCAUCAAGGCAGUUGUAAUGUGCUGUGUUAUAUGGAGCCCAAUUGUGUGUCCAUAAAUGUUGGGCCAUCACAAGGAGGGAACUACAUUUGUGAGUUGAACAACGCUUCGGAUGAAAGUCCAGGCUCGUCCAACCUUCAGAGUAAACAGGAUUACACUCAUCUCAGUAUCGAGAAUCCUUGCAGAAGCAGUCCCUGUUUCAACAUUGGCACAUGUCAAGCUGGAUACACUGAUGAAGGAUUUCGUUGUAAAUGUCCUUUAGGAUUUACUGGUGUAAACUGCAAGAAGGCCUGCAGCUUUGACUUUGAAGAUGGAAUCGGCGGGUGGGAAAUGACAGGCAGUGCUUUCAUUUACCAGCCAACAUUUGGUGACAAUCCAGUCGCGCGCAAUAAAAGCGCCCAGCCUCAAGGGUACUGGUGGGUGGGGGGAGCUGAGAAACGGCCCAAAGAGAGCGAUCCCGCAGGAUUGCAGCAUCCAGAUGGAGCCGACGUACCCAAGGGAACUCUCAUCUCACCUUGUUUUCGUAUCGUUGGCAAGAAUAUCUUGUUUCUCAUUGGUGGGGGAUGUAAAGUAAAUAAAAUUCGUGCGGAGCUUAUUGUCAACAACCAGAUCGUUAGAACUGAGACAGGAAACUGUAGGGAGAAAAUGUACCGUAAGAGCUGGGACGUGGAGGAGUUUAGUGGUCAAUAUGCGCAAGUCAGACUAAUAGAUGAGUCUUCUGGUAGUUGGGGUCACAUCAACUUUGAUGACCUUAAAGGAGAUAUCAUUUGUCCUCACGAUUUUGACGGGAAAAACUGAAGAGGCACUGACUUUAAAAGUUUAACUUAUCAGCUCAAGCCACCUUAAAAGUAUGGUGAAGCAGCCCUUGACGUAGUAUAGUACUUUCAUUGUGCUAGCAUAGAUAGGCACAAUCACUGUGUUUUUGGUCAACAGUAGAAUAGCAUUAUAAAACAACUUUAUGAUCGUGAUUGAGAAGGCUAUAAAUAGUCGGACGACCGACUAUAGGUUUACCACCGGAUUUCUCCACAAAACUCCGUCACGUGCAAUGGGCAAUACCGCAGACACGUAAUAAUAAAGGCGAUACAACAAAUAAUCAUUGGUACAAGCUAUUUCUAACAUUGUUACAAAGAAACUUAAAACAGGUAUUAUUCACUGCGAAAAGCAAUUUUUGUCUUGCACAUCUAACAUGGACCUUCAUCAAAUCAGACACUUGCAAAAACACAGACGAAAAUAUAGUUAUGGUAAUUUGGAACCCACUCCAAAAAUGAAAAGACUGCAACAGAUAUAUUUUAGAAAAAUAAUCAAAUUCAAAGUUAGACAUCAGCAAAAGAGUGAGACAAUCCCAACUAUUGAUAUAUCUGCAUUAAUUAAUUCAAAGAGAAAAUCAGGGAAGGUCCUUACUGGUAUGCUGCGUAUACAAUGUUUUCACGAUGAAAUAUACUUCCUUGCUCUCAGACCAUUACGAUUACAAUUUCAUAAUAUAUCUUUUUCAACACACGCAUCAAUUGGAAUGUACUAAUCACCCUUGGGAAGGGGGACUCCUUAAAUAAAAAGGACUGGGGUGCUUGUUAUACCCUUUAGGGGUUAAAAAAAGUGAGCUUGGUAUCCCCUAGGCUGUUUAGCUUCAAAAGGUCCCCAGCAGCAGCUCCUACGAUACAUUUUAGGGUAUUGCACCAAAAAUAUGUGACAGGGCGUUGUUGUAGAAUUGGUGUCUUUCAGGGAUGAAAAAAAAAAUUUUGCUACGCCCACAAACCAGGGCUCUGGUACCUCUUAGUAUUUCUUUUAGAACCUCUGCGCAUCACGAAUGGUCAACACUCAUAACAGCACGUCGACAUCUACUUGUAGCCCGACUUACGAUCUUGGAUCAUCUUGUUAUACAAUACAAUCGUUACAUCGCGUUACUACUAUAACGAGGAUAGUCGUUUGCUUUAGAUGCCAGCAAUCGCAUCAUAUUUACUUUUCUUAAUAUUUGCUUUACAAAAUCCAUAUCUGUAAAAAAUCUUCGCAGAUUUUGCUCAAGAUUAGGUAUUGAAGUCAUUUGUGAGUAACGGCAUCCAAAACAGGUUCCAAAAUAGCGGAAUAUUAGUGUUUUAUUUGACUCUGGCAAUGCUUAAUCUUCGGUUAUUAUGCAGAAGCACCUUAAAUUUAUUAAUACAUAUUAGUUAGCUUAAUAAACCCUCUCUCGUACUGAGAGAUAUCCAAUAACUCUCUUUUGAUAUAAAAAUCAUUUUACAUUGUGGACAAAAUAGUUUGAUUUUAACCCUCAAAUACCACAUUAAAAUUUGCAAUUUAAAUGGUCUUCAGAAAUAUUUACUCUGAACCUGUGGACACAGUGUCUGUUGUAAGAGAGAAAAGGUUCAUUAGAAUAGAG